UUAGGGCUGUGUGGGACGCCGAACGAGCAGGGUGUGCUGCCGGAGCCCACGGCCGUUUGUCCUGAGACCCGGCGGUUGACUGGACGAGGCCACCAGGGCGCGUCCACCAUGUUCGGCGAAAAAGCCAUGGAACUGGUCCGCGAGCUGCACCGCGCGCCUGAGGGGCAGCUGCCGGCUUUCAACGCCGCUCCCCGGGCGGGAGGGAUGAAACCAAAUACUGAACUCCGGUUGAUGCGACCCAGCAGCCCGGAGGAUGGAAUCAGACAAGUUCUAGAAGAGAUGAAAGCAUUAUAUGAACAAAACCAGUCUGAUGUGAAUGAAACAAAGUCAGGUGGAAGAGGUGAUCUGAUACCAACCAUCAAAUUUCGUCAUUGUUCUUUAUUAAGAAAUCGGCGCUGCACUGUAGCCUAUUUGUAUGACCGGUUGCUUCGGAUUAGAGCUCUCAGGUGGGAAUAUGGUAGCAUCUUGCCAAAUGCUUUACGAUUUCACAUGUCUGCUGAAGAAAUGGAGUGGUUCAAUCAUUAUAAAAAGAUCCUUGCUACUUACAUGAGGUCACUGGGAGGAAAUGAAGGUUUGGAUAUCACACAGGAUAUGAAACCUCCGAAAAGCCUAUAUAUUGAACACUUUUUGCCUCGGUGGAAAUGUGAACAGUUGAUCAGACAAGGAGUUCUGGAGCAUGUCCUGUCUUGACUGUGUCCAGGCUGAACAUACAUGAGGAACUUCCAGGCCUUGUCUAGAUAUGAAGCUGAACUCAACUCACAGAAAUGUCUGUGCUUCAAUCGAAGUCUACCUCCCUCUACCUCUUCUUUGGAUAUUAAAUUUAGAUAUAUUCUUUAAGAUGACCAAGCUCAGUGAAAGAGUGCUUUCAGCAUUCACUAAUCCCUGAGUUCUACUGCCUGCAAGUCAUAACAAACAAAAACCAGAAAUGCUUGGCAAGGAGUAUAAUUUGCUAACUCUGAAAGACUUGUGUUUUUCUGUAUGGCACACCGUUCUGCCUAUUUUCUCUAGUAAGCAAUAUCUAUAAUCAUAACAUUGUCCCAGUCAGGGCAGUGACCUUUCUGGUUUCUUUUUUGUUGGUCAUGGGGCUUGAACUCUGGGCCUGGGCGCUGUCCCUCAGCUCUUCAGCUCAA